AUGUCUUUCCCUGCCUACACCCCCAAGGCCCGCGUCCAGAAGCCCGCGCCCGCCUUCUCUGGCACCGCUGUCGUCGAUGGCGCCUUCGAGGAUGUCAGCCUCACCCAGUACACCUCCAACAAGCAGUGGCUGGUCCUCGGCUUCGUGCCCAUGGCCUGGACUUUCGUGUGCCCGACCGAGAUCCUGGCGUUCAGCGACCGCGCACCCGACUUCGAAGCCCGCGGCGCCCGCGUCGUAUUCGCGUCGACUGACUCGGAGUACUCGCUCCUCGCCUGGACCAACACAUCGAAGAAGGACGGCGGCCUGGGCAAGAUCAACAUCCCCCUGCUGUCGGACAAGAACCACUCCAUCAGCAAGGACUACGGCGUGCUGAUCGAGGAGGAGGGCAUUGCGCUGCGCGGUCUUUUCCUGAUCGACCCCAGCGGCGUGCUGAGGCAGAUCACCGUCAACGACUUGCCUGUUGGCAGGAGCGUGGAUGAGGCACUCCGUCUGAUCGACGCUUUCCAGUUCACAGACAAGUACGGCGAGGUGUGCCCUGCCAACUGGAACCCGGGCAUGGACACGAUCAAGGCGACGCCUGAGGGCAUCAAGGAGUACCAUGGCCGGAACGGCGAUGAGAAGAUGAGUGAUGCCAAGGUUACCAAUGGUGCGCACUAG